ACUUCCUUUCUCAUUGACAUUUUCAUAAACACAUACAAGGUAACAAAAGAAAUUAGAAAUAAAUACCAGUUCGCUCACCAUGGCCAAAGUUGAGCUUCUUCUUCUUCUUCUUCUUCAUAUUCAUCUUCUUCUCUCCGCAUUUCUCCUAGUGUCUGUGUCCGCCAGAGGAGGACUGAUUGGGGGUUUACAGCCAGUAGAAGACGUGAAGAGUAAUCAGGAGGUGCAGGAGAUUGGGAGAUUCUCCGUCGAAGAGUUCAACAAGCAGCUCCGCAACCAGGGAAAUGGCGGAGAAGAAUUGAUAUUCUCGGAGGUGGUGGAGGCACAGAUGCAGGUGGUUAAGGGGAUCAUGUAUUAUCUGAAAAUUGAAGCAACCACGACAAGGAGUCGGGAAACGGGGAUAUAUGAUUCGAAAGUUGCAACUCAGCCUUGGCUUCAUCAGAGGAAGUUGGUUAGAUUUCAGCCUUCAAUGCAAUUAAGAAUUAGAAAAUUAUAAAAAUAAAAAAUAAAAAAGAAACAGUCUACGAUGAAUUUUGGCAGUAUUAUAGUUCUAAUGAGAGGUUGUAAUCUAUGAUAAAUUUUGGCAGAGCACUUGUAAUCUCCGAUGAAAACAAAGGAAUAAAAAUAUGAUCAAAUACAAGUGUUUAUUUUAA